GCACUAGGUGCACAAGGCGCUAUGGAUAACUGUUCUCCAGAACGGCCGGUGAUCCUCUGAAAAAUAAAUAUGAGAUCUCUCAUGAAGAUGUUUCCACAAUCAGGGAAAUCUAUUGUCUUUGACAAUUUUCCGGACCCCUCUGACACAUGGGACAUAGUGGAGACCAUUGGGAAGGGGACAUAUGGAAAGGUCUACAAAGUGCUCAACAAGGUGAAUGGAAGCAAGGCGGCCGUCAAGAUUCUGGAUCCAGUCCAUGACAUCGAUGAGGAAAUCGAGGCUGAAUACAGCAUACUCAGGGCUCUUUCGGACCACCCCAAUGUAGUCAAGUUUUUUGGGAUGUUCUACAAGAAGGAUGUAAAACUUGGGGAUCAAUUAUGGCUAGUUUUGGAGCUCUGUAAUGGUGGAUCGGUGACUGAUCUAGCCAAAGGCAUGCUGAAGAGGGGGGACCGAAUGGACGAGGCCAUAAUAGCGUACAUAUUACACGAAGCGCUCAUGGGGCUCCAGCAUUUACAUGCCAACAAGACCAUCCACCGUGACGUCAAGGGAAACAACAUCCUGCUGACCACUCAGGGAGGGAUUAAGCUGGUCGACUUUGGCGUGUCUGCUCAGCUGACCAACACGCGGCUGCGUCGGAACACCUCCGUGGGAACGCCAUUCUGGAUGGCCCCAGAGGUGAUUGCUUGUGAACAGCAGCUCGACUCAACCUAUGAUGCCCGCUGUGAUGUCUGGUCCCUUGGAAUCACUGCCAUUGAGCUGGGGGAUGGAGACCCUCCACUGGCCGACCUUCAUCCAAUGAGAGCGCUUUUCAAGAUCCCCAGGAAUCCUCCCCCAACACUGCACCAGCCAGAACUGUGGUCUGACGACUUUAAUAACUUCAUCUGCAAGUGCUUGAUAAAGGACUUUGAACUGAGACCAAACGUGUCUGACCUACUGCAGCAUGCCUUCAUCAAACAGAUUGUGGGAAAAGAGCGAACCCUGCAGAAACAGCUGAUGGAGCUCAUCGACCUCAACCAGCAAAUGGGAGCUAUUGAGAAAACAAGGCAUGAGCGUAUCCAUACUAAAAAGGGCAGCUACAUGAAGUCUGCAAGCACCUCCCUCGAUGACGUGGAGGACCUGGCCACCCUGGAGGUGCUGGAUGAAAAUAUUGUCACAGAUCAUUUGCAGAAGCGAUACUCGAAGGAUGAGAUUUACACCUAUGUGGGAGACAUUCUUAUUGCUGUCAACCCCUUUCAUAGUGUGGAUCUGUACAACCCAGAGUUCACAAAGAUAUACAUAGGAGCAAAGCGGACAGCAAACCCGCCCCAUGUCUUUGCUGUUGCUGACAUAGCCUACCAGUCCAUGGUGUCCUACAGCGCAGAUCAGUGCAUUGUCAUCAGUGGAGAGAGUGGUGCUGGGAAGACGGAGAGUGCCCACCUUCUGGUCCAGCAGCUGACAGUACUUGGAAAGGCAAAUAAUCGAACACUCCAGGAAAAGAUUAUCCUGGUCAAUAACCUGGUUGAGGCCUUUGGGAAUGCUUGCACUGUCAUCAAUGACAACUCCAGUAGGUUUGGGAAGUACCUGGAGAUGAAGUUCACUGGCGGGGGCACGGUAGUGGGAGCCCAGAUUUCCGAAUACCUCCUUGAGAAAUCCAGAGUCAUCCACCAAGCCUUAGGAGAAAGGAACUUCCAUAUUUUCUACUAUAUUUAUGCUGGCUUGGCUGAGAGAAAUAAACUGGCUCAUUACAAGCUGUCUGGUACCAAAACUCCAAGGUACAUUCACAAUGAACAGGUAAAAUUGGUGCCUGACAUUGUGAGCAGUGCUUUCCAUAAGGAGCAGUUUGACUCAGUGGAGCAGUGCUUCAAAGUGAUUGGCUUUACGCUGGAGGAGCUCGGAAGUGUUUACAGCAUACUGGCUGCCAUCUUGAACGCUGGCGACAUCGAGUUCACCUCGGUGGCCUCUGAGCAUCAGACCGACAAAAGCAACAUCUCAAACAUUGGUGUGCUGGAGAACACGGCGUCACUGCUGUGCAUCCGCUCUGACGAGCUGCAGGAGGCGCUGACGUCCCACUGCGUGGUGACCCGCGGAGAGACCAUCGUCAGGCCCAACACGGCGGAGAAGGCCUCGGAGGUGCGCGACGCCAUGGGGAAGGCCCUGUACGGCCGCCUCUUCAGCUGGAUCGUCAACCGCAUCAACUCUCUGCUGAAGCCUGACAGCCAGCUGAGUGAGGAGGACAAGAGUCUGAAUAUUGGAAUCCUUGACAUAUUUGGGUUUGAAAAUUUCAAGAGGAAUUCCUUUGAGCAGCUGUGCAUCAACAUUGCCAACGAACAGAUCCAGUUCUACUUCAACCAGCAUAUAUUUGCCUGGGAGCAGGACGAGUACCUGAACGAGAGCGUGGACGCGCGCCUGAUCGAGUACGAGGACAACCGCCCCCUGCUGGACAUGUUCCUGCAGAAGCCCAUGGGCCUGCUGUCCCUGCUGGACGAAGAGAGCCGCUUUCCCCAGGCCACCGACCAGACGCUCGUGGAAAAGUUUGAGGACAACCUGAAGUCAAAGAACUUUUGGAGGCCGAAAAGAGUAGACCUGGGCUUCGGGAUCCAUCACUACGCUGGAAAGGUCAUCUACAACACAAGUGGCUUCCUAGCGAAGAACAGAGACACCCUGCCUGCCGAUAUCGUCCUGCUGCUCAGGUCCUCAGAAAACGACCUCAUCCGCAAGCUGGUCACUCACCCCCUGACUAAGACAGGAAACCUUGCUCACACCAAGGGUAAAGCGAUGGGGAGCACUCAUACGCAUACCCCCCAGCGCACCAUUAAGUUUGCCAAGGGUGAGAGUGGAGAGUCCACCCACCAUCCCAGAGAGACCACCAACAUGAGAACCCAAACGGUUGCAUCAUACUUCAGAUAUUCCCUCAUGGACCUGAUGUCUAAGAUGGUCGCGGGGCAGCCCCAUUUCGUCCGCUGCAUCAAGCCCAACAACGACCGGCAGGCCAACAAGUUUGACAGGGAGAAGGUCCUGAUCCAGCUGCGCUACACUGGCAUCCUGGAGACAGCCAAGAUCCGGAGGCAGGGUUACUCCCACCGCAUCCUCUUUGCUAACUUCAUAAAGAGGUACUGCAUCCUGGCCUUCCGAGCAAACGAGGACCCACCAGAGAGUCCUGAGACGUGUGCUGCCAUACUGGAGAAAGUCAAACUGGAGAACUGGGCCCUGGGGAAAACCAAAGUGUUCCUGAAGUACCACCACGUAGAGCAGCUGAACCUGAUGAUGAGCCGGACCAUCGACGGGAUCAUCCUGCUGCAGGCCUGUGUGAGAGGCUGGCUGGGGGCGAAGAGGUACCGCAGGAUGCAAGAGAAGAGAGAGCAGAGUGCAGUCGUCCUGCAGUCCGCUUACAGAGGCCACAAAGUCCGCAGAGAGGUGAAUGGGGAUCGAAGCAAAGCCAAGACGGAGGCUUUCAUGAUCCAUUUUCAGGCUGUCUGCAGAGGCUACCUUGCAAGGAAGAUGUACAAAGAGUUGGUAGAUGAAAAGAAUAAAGCAGCUAUAAAGAUCCAGGCUCAUUACCGUGGACACAAAGAGAGGAAGAGCUUCAAAAAGAAAAAGGAAGCCAUGCAGAACAAAAAGCAGGAAGAAGGGAAUGUGGAGGAGGUGCAAAAUGAGGCCCUGUCUGAGGCCGUAAGCAGUGAGGAAGGAGGGCAGCUGGCAGAGGAGAACCACACAGAGGAGAAAAGUGCAGGAGAGAAAGGAGAGGGGCAGAAUGGAUCGGAGGAGGAAGAGACAAAAGCAGCCGUAGUGCUCCAGAGCAACUACAGGGGCUAUAGGGAGAGGAAGAAGUUUAAAGAGGGCCGUCAGGCCAAGGCAGGAGAUGCGAUCCCCACCGAGCCCCAGGGUCCGGGGGACCAGGGCGAGGACGAGGUGGAGCUAGCCGAGGAGGCGGCCGAGGCAGAGGAGGCCGCUGCCGCAGAGGACCCCACCGCCACCCAGGAACAGGAAGGGGGACAGGAAGCAGGAGGACUGGAAGUGAACCCUGACCAGGAAGCCAAAGCCGCCACUGUCAUCCAAAGCAACUUCCGGGGGCACAGGGAGCGGAAGAAGCUGGAGGAGGAGGGCAAGCUCCCAGCCAGGGGAAAGAAGGCCUCCCCCGAAAAAGACCAGCCGCCUCAGGAGCCCAAACAGGAGCCAGGUGAGGAAGCCCCUGAAGAGCCCCCUCAGGGUCCUCUGGAAGAGCCCCCUGAGGAGCCUGCUCAGUCCCCAGAGAAGGAAGAAGAGAAGGAGAAGGCAGAGGAGGACAACGCAGGGCCGGCAGGAGGAGAGGACGAGGAGGCCAAAGCCGCCACCGUCCUCCAGAGCAACUUCCGUGGUCACAAGGAGCGCAAGCGGCUGCAGGAGGAAGGGAAACUUCCCAAAAAGAAAACGGCGGAAGCCGAAAAGAGCUCAGUGGACAAGGAGCAUGAGACGGGGGCUUCGGACCCGGGACCGGAGCCAGAGCCAAAAGCUGAAUCCACGACCGCAGAGCCAAAGCCGGACCCAGAGGCCCCCAGUGUGGGUGCGGAGGUGGACGAGGAGAAGGCGGCCACAGUCCUACAGAGCAACUUCCGUGGGCACCAGGAGAGGAAGAGGCUGAAGGAGGAAAGAGAGGCGGGGAAACAGUCGGAUAAGAACGAAGAUGAGGACGAGGGCGUUUCGGAGCUUAACGGCGCUCAGUUAGAGCCUGAAGAGCCCAGUCCAGACGACCGGUUUGAGCAGGAGCAGGCUGCUGUGAAGAUCCAGAGCAACUUCCGCGGCUACAAGGACAGGAAGAACCUCAAGAUGUCUGCGGAGAAGGAGACUGAGGAGCUGGAAAGCUUUUCUGAACAAGUAAGCACAGCUUCAGAUAACUACUUGUCACUCCAGAAGAAGCUGAACGAGAUAAUCCUGGCUCAUCAGAUGAACCCCUCCAGUAAUGGCAUGUUCAUGAAAGGAACCCAAAUCAACGGAUACUUGGCUACCCAGCAGCAAUCAGAUGAUCAGAAACAGGGCAGGAUGCCACGCAGAACACAGCAGCCAAAAACUCUCAAUACACCUGAAGACUCAACUUAUUACAAUCUGAUUCACAGGUCAGUCCAGGAUGAGAAACGAAGGCCCAGGAAUAAAAGUCCUGGGAAACUGGAGGAUAUGGAUGACCCGUACUACCAGGAGCUCUCCACCAGCAAGUCCAUGGGAAGCAUCCCGAGUGACAGCAGAACCUCAUCCACCAGGGCAAAGUCCAGCGUCAGGAAGUCAUCAACUGAGAGACCCGCCUCUGAGCCAGACAUGCCCAGACGCCCCAUUGACAAAAGGAACUCAUUACCCAGAAUGCCAUCAACUGAGAGCCAGGCUGAGGACAACCCCUAUGACUACAGAAAGCUUCUCAGGAAGACAUCUCAGAGACGGAGGCUUGUGACAUAAAGGAACAUGAAGCACAAAUCUGUCAUGAGGGGUUUCAGAUGCAAAAGCAAUAUUAGCCUGGUCUGGGGCUGUGUGUGCGCCUGUGUGUGUGUGUGUGCGCGUGUGUGCAUGCGUGUGUGUGUGUGUGCGCGUGUGUGUGUGUGUGUGUGUGGUGUAUGCUUGUGCACGUGUGUGAAGACUCAAUGUUAGAUUGCCUCAGUUGCUGGUUUAGACAAACAUUAUGGAGUUUGUGGACUCAUUGUUAGAGACUGAGAGCAGUCCUGGCAUAAUCAUUCCAUGGUACAUUGCAAUGGCAUCUAGAUGUAAUGUAAUUAUAUUUCUGAUUGUUUGAAAAAGCUGCAGAAAAAAGAUUGUGCAUAAUGCAUAAACCCACAACUAUCUUCUUUUUUUUCACUUCAUUGUAUUUAUAUUUUUGGUUUCAGGUUUAGCUUUUGCCUCUUUAUCAAAACAUUUUUAAAUGUUUGGAUUUACAACUUUAAGCGUGUAUAAUGCUAGAAUAUUUUCAAUUACUUGCAAAUAGAAUGGAGCCCAUUCCAACAGAAUGUACUUUCUAAAAUUUAAAUAAACAAUGUAGUGGAAAGGUCACAAUAUAUAAAAUCUAGAUUUAUUCUGAAAGCUGUUUAGCUGUUUACUGUGCACAGUAGCUAUGCAUGUGCAGCCAUGUGCAUUCAGCACAGUGCAUGCCAGAAUUUGUAUUGGGAUGCAAAUGCAUUACGCAGUAUCACGCCUUUCAAACAGGGGUGGCAAAUGUGGGAUUCUACUCCUUAAUAUUGAGACUAGAAUAAGAAUGGCUUCCUUUGUAAACACAGGGAUAAUAAACUUCAUCAUUUUUCUUGCUGACUGUUAGCUGAAAUACCUGCCCCGUUGAAGUUACAGGGUUUACCCCUCCACCCAAUGGUGAGGUGGCCAAUGUGCUACAUGUGUACGCUUUAGUAUGCAAUGAGGAUUGAAUGUGUCAUGCACAUCUGUUGGAAAGUACAUACUUAUGUUAAAUAUCAGGCCUUACAAAGUAAAAGGUGGCCUUUGGGUUUUGUACAUACUUUAUAUGCAUCUCUGUAAAAGCCAAACAUGAGUGUGGUGUAGUGGAUUUGGAGAGAUGCGAUUCCACUGUGAACUGUAAAUUUCAUGGCUGUAAUGUAAUUAUCCAACAAGUUUUGACAUAACGUUUGCAAUGGACUCUUAAUGUUCUGAUGUAAUACACUGACUGCUUUAUCACGUUUGACUUGAAUGGCUGCUCAUAGUAUGUCCUCUAAAUACAUUAUUUAUUAUAUUU